AGAGGUGGGCAUUGUCACGUGUACUGGCGCUGGCCCCGCCCCCUGACUCUCUAGGGUAGACCGGGAGGUGGGCGGACAGUCUGGGGAACUGGAGUCUGCACUGUGGCUGUAGGGAAAGAGUGGGCAGCACCAGCUUACCACCAGCAGUCCCUCUCGAUGGAAGUCCUGGACGAGUACGAUAACGAAUUCCCCCAGAGUGUGACCUUCUGCCAGCUCAUCUCCGAGGACGACUUCGAGAGGCAAGCAGCGACCUACACAGAGCGCGCGCUGCGCCGUCUCUUCCGCACCUUGGAUCGUAACCCAGCGCUGGCGGAGAGGGUCGUGCGCAAGGGCAAGCAGACUGAGAUCGAGCAGCGGGGACUACUCUCCUGCCUCUGGGCGAAGUUUGUCUGUGCUGUCCAGGGGGAACUGAACCAGUGCAACAGUAUGGGUGCCCUGGAGAUGCAUCAGCGCCUGGAGCAGCUGAAGAGGCGCAUCCACCGUGUACACCUGUAUUCCCAGGGUGCCAAGAAGAAGAGGAGGAAGCUGAAACCAAAGAAAGCAGAUCCUGUCCUCCGAGACCGGUCAACCUCCCCAUGCCUGCCACCAGCUCCGUUACCACCACCGUUGCCACCGCCACCGCCACCGCCACUGCCACCGCCUGUCACCACCGUGGCCUCUGUAGUGGCUGCAUCACCCCCUGUCUACACUAUGCCCAGGGUCUUUGGCCCCUUUCCUCCAAUGUCUGGAAAGCCGAUGGAGAAACUGGAUGUUUCAAGGUCUGAAGUGAAAUUAAGCUGGAAUGGUCUUUCAUCAACUUCAAAGAGCCACAUGGUCGAUCUGACCCCCUUGGUCCUCAACCCUGGAGGCUUCCAUUUCUCGUAUUUGACAGGAAACAGUGCACACAAGCUUCAUUGUCCUGGCUUCCCCUGUGUUGGUGAUGGAACCCAGGACCUCACAAAUGCUCGGACAGCAGCCUGCAGUGAACCCUGCAACACUGAUGAUACUCCAUCUCCUGUCGUGAAAGCUUCCAUCUUCACCCCGCCUGUUCUACUCAAGUUCCAGCCUGUGCCCAGACCUAAAGACGAUUCCGAGAAUGACCCAGGCAGUGCAGAGUCCAUCCCUGCCGAGAAGGGCGAGUAGCCUCUUCCCUACAGACCAUGCCCCAGGAAUGAAUAAAAUUCCUACAGAGGUGCAUUGUAA